UUACAUUAUUUGCAUGUACUGUAUAUGUAAAAUAUUUUAUCAAUAUCACUUUAAAUCAAAGUUUUGAGCAGACUUCAACUCAUGUUAAAAAUGUUUUUUGAAGGUGUUCAACUCAGUUUUGCAUCCUGUUACAUUUUGAACGGAAAAUAACUUACAUACUUACUACAUACCUGCUAACUUACAUAACUAACUCAGUUACAGUGAAUAACAAGUGCAAACAAGUUCCAUAUUUCACUGGAAUUUCAGGUUUUACAUUCUGACGUAUAUUAUGUUAAACUAAAGAUUUUGUUAAGACAGUAUGUGACUUUGCUGUGAGGUGUGACGCUUUGAAAAAAGUAAGCUCUCACUCCGGGACAACGGUGGCGGUACUGUACCGGACCCGCUAUUGUGAAGACGAAGAAGAAAUGUGUCAAUGGUCCGCCGUGAUUGGUGGAAAGUUUGGCGGACUUUGCCUUCCCUUUGACGUUCGUGUGUGUUGCAGUCCUGCUCAUUGACCAAACGACCACUGACAGCGGCGGCUGCCCACUCCAUCACCUGGAUCCCUACGUUACCCAGCCAGAAAAACAACAAACAUGUCGAUGACAAAUGGCCACAGUGUGAGCAAAGAAACGUGGGACUCGCACAACAAGAUGCUGCUGGAGCCUCUGGCCGUCAAUGACUCUGAGGUGUUCUCCAUUAUAAAAAAAGAGAAGCACAGGCAGACGUACGGUCUGGAGCUGAUAGCGUCUGAGAACUUUGCCAGCAGGGCGGUUCUUGAGGCUCUGGGCUCCUGUAUGAACAACAAGUACUCGGAGGGGUAUCCUGGUCAGAGGUACUAUGGUGGAACUGAGCAUGUGGACGAGCUGGAGAGACUCUGUCAGAAGAGGGCUUUGGAAGCCUUCGGCCUGGACUCCGACAAAUGGGGAGUCAACGUGCAGCCAUACUCAGGCUCCCCUGCCAACUUUGCCGUGUACACGGCCAUCGUGGAGCCCCACGGCAGGAUCAUGGGACUGGACCUCCCUGAUGGUGGGCACCUGACACACGGCUUCAUGACCAAUAAGAAGAAAAUCUCCGCAACGUCCAUCUUCUUUGAAUCUAUGCCAUAUAAGGUGAAUCCAGAAACUGGCUACAUCGAUUACGACAGACUGGAAGAAAAUGCGCGGCUGUAUCACCCCAAGCUUAUCAUAGCAGGGACAAGCUGCUACUCCCGCAACCUUGACUACGCCCGCCUGAAGCAGAUUGCUGAUGAGAACGGUGCAUAUCUGAUGGGAGACAUGGCUCACAUCAGUGGAUUAGUGGCUGCUGGGGUGGUGCCCUCACCCUUCCAGUACUGUGACAUUGUUUCCACGACGACUCACAAAACCCUGCGCGGCUGCCGCGCUGGGCUGAUCUUCUACAGGAAAGGUGUGCGCAGUGUGGACGCCAAAGGAAAGGAGACCGCGUACAACCUGGAGUCUUUGAUCAAUCAGGCUGUGUUUCCGGGGCUGCAGGGAGGACCCCACAAUCAUGCUAUCGCUGGUGUUGCCGUGGCUCUCAAGCAAGCCAUGACGCCGGAGUUUAAGGCCUACCAGCUGCAGGUUCUCGCCAACUGCAAAGCUCUGUCCAGCGCUCUGAUGGACCACGGCUAUAAGAUCGUCACUGGCGGCUCCGACAACCAUCUGAUCCUUCUGGACCUGCGCAGCAAGGGGAGCGAUGGGGGACGAGCCGAGAAAGUCCUCGAGGCCUGCGCCAUCGCUUGCAAUAAGAACACCUGUCCAGGAGAUAAGAGCGCUCUGCGACCCAGCGGUCUGAGGUUUGGCUCUCCAGCUCUGACCUCCAGAGGCCUGACGGAGGAGGAUUUCAAGAAAGUGGCCGAAUUCAUCCACAGAGGUAUUGAGCUGACUUUGGAGGUACAGAGAAGUCUGGAUCCAAAGGCCACUCUGAAGGAGUUCAUCCAGGCCCUGGCCCAAGGAGAGAAGUUCCAGCAGCGGGUGGCUGAGAUUAAGUAUGAGGUGGAGGCAUUUGCUGGGCAGUUUCCCAUGCCCGGCCUCCCUGAGCUGUAGGAGCAGCAGCUCACACACUGAAUCGAGUUGAACUGAUUGUUAGAUACAAUGAACAUUGUUGGCUGGGUGGUGUUUUGGGUUUUAAAUCUGUCAAUAACCACAUCAGCCACUUUCUGUAUAAUUCAAAGGAUUUAUGAGUAGAUGCUUAUCAGGAUGGAGCAGAUUUGUGUGAAUGGAGAGGAAUUGGACUUUUCCAUUGUCAUUUGAUUAUUUUGUUACGUUACAGAGCUCAGACAGGAUUUGGUCAGUGGCUUGCUUCUUAGAUGUUACAAUCUGUCUUUGCUUAAUUUGUGAUGUCAUGUUUUCUUCUUGUCUGUGAAUAAACUAAUAUUUUAUUUGUACUUUUGAUUAAAUGAACGAUUACACAAGU